GUCUUGCUUUGUCUUAAAAUGUUGUCAAAAAUGGAACAUGGAUUAACAAAUGGGUAGUUUUUGCUUCAUAACUACUGGCUUUGUUUGUGCAAAUUACUGGUCGGAUUAAAAUAGGUUGUGCUAAACAGUAGAGCUUGAUAGAGCUACAAGACUUUGCCAGUUAAAUUAUUUUGUAUCAAAUUGGUCUUUUUCAUAGCACAUUGUAAUGCACAUUCCACAGCACCGGAAUGUCGUCUUGAGGCUUCCAGAGAAAGAGUUUUAAUUGGACCCUGUUAUGUUUUGUUCUUGCAUAUUAGAUUUUACAAAGAACUUGGUCUUCCCGAUGGAAGAGAGACGGCUUUUGAGGGAAGGGAAGGAGGCCCAACGCUAAAUGUUAUAAAGGAAUGGAUUUCACUGGAAGGACGCAAUGCGACCGUUCAGGCUCUGCUUGGUGCUGUCAACCGUUCUGAGCGUAAAGACUGUUCUUAUUUCCUUGAACAAAGUUUGGGAUCUCAGCUGGACUAUGUUGAAAGCCCCAUUGAAAAUGUAACUAAGAAAAUGGACUCGCUAAGAUCUUCUGAUAGCGAGAAAGCACCUGAAAAAAUGCCUGUACAAGACAGCGGUCCGUAUUCAUUAGAUUAACCAGUCCAGGACAUUCUAGAUGAAAGACCUGAGAAGUUAAAAAGAUUUAGGCAAGAAAUGGACGAAGAGGAUGUUUUGGGUAAUGGAUGGAAGAGAUUUUACAAAGAACUUGGUCUUCCCGAUGGAAGAGAGACGGCUUUUGAGGGAAGGGAAGGAGGCCCAACGCUAAAUGUUAUAAAGGAAUGGAUUUCACUGGAAGGACGCAAUGCGACCGUUCAGGCUCUGCUUGGUGCUGUCAACCGUUCUGAGCGUAAAGACUGUUCUUAUUUCCUUGAACAAAGUUUGGGAUCUCAGCUGGACUAUGUUGAAAGCCCCAUUGAAAAUGUAACUAAGAAAAUGGACUCGCUAAGAUCUUCUAAUAGUGAGAAAUCACUUGAAAAUAUGCCUGUACAAGAGACUGACUCAUAUUCAUUAACUUCACCAGUCCAAGACAUUCGACCUGAGAUGUUAAAAGGAUUUGGGGAAACAAUGGACAAAGAGGAUGUUUGGGGUAAUGAAUGGAAGAGGCCUUCGAAGAUAUUUCAUGGUAGGCGAAUGAAAGUCGGUCAGAGGACUGUUGAACAAGAGAAGAUCAUAGCCCAGACGUUUGUCAAGUUUUUGGAAGACGGAAACCGCAAGGAAAACAUGUUUGUGGACGAGUUGAGGCAGACUUACCAAGAAUUUCGCUCGUUGUACGAUACACUGGGUAUGUCAUUCUCCAAACUUCUCAACACACUUACUUAUCAUCUAAACAUCUGCCAGCAACUUCAUGACCGUGUUAUAUUUGGAGGCGGAGAUGCCGCAGCACUUCAACUCUUAGUUGACGAUCCAAGUGACGAAUCGGAAGGUGAAGAUGACUUUUUCAGCCUCACGAGGCAUGGAGCUUAUCACUGCAAAGUUUGCAAAAGGGAUCUUGGGAGUGCAGACGCUUACAGGACUCACAUGGCUGGUGUGAAACAUCGCCAACAGUAUAUCCUCAGAAAGAUCCGAAAAUCACUCCAGAAACCGGAGCUUAUCUUUGACAAACAAGGGAUAAAACUCACUUCAGAUCCCGCUGGAGACGAAAGUGGAGUGAUAGAAUUAAGGGUUGAGAGCGGGAAAUAUGGCCAGAUAGUGCUGAUCAUAGAAAACACCAGCGAUGAGAGAAUCACUCUGAAGCACAUCACUCUACUGUGGAGCAUCAGUUUUUUUGAUUACUCGGAGAUUUCCCGUAUUGGACCUUCUGAGGGUCGACUCUUUCCAGGUUGUCUAAGAAUGUUCAAGAUCGGCUGCAAGCGCCGCAGAGAGUAUGGCUAUUCCUACGUUCCUGGUGUACUCACGUUCGAGACUGAAGACGACAUGGAGGAAUUUCACAUCCUCAGGUUUUUGUCCGUGCGCAUCGUUAGCGACUUGUACGAUGAUUUGAAGGUUGCACACGGAGACACCAAAGGGAAGCAGGGUUAUUGCAGUUACCAGCACUGCCAUCAUUCUGGCUGGAUGCUUACCUUGUCUAAAGCAAGACACUGCUACAUAAACUAG